AUGCCUGUUACCCAACUCAUCUGGCCUAAAAGUGCCCGGACUGCACACAAGGGCUUUGAAGGCCUUUGUUCACUGCUCCUACUUAAUGACAUCAAACUGUGUGGGCUCUCUAGCUACCACUUUCGAUAUGACUGGCUGCAGCAUGUCUCGAUGCCAGGAUGCUUUGCAAAUCCUAUCAUCCGAUCGCCUAUCUCAAGCCAGACUUACACUCCAGUAAUUCCCAUUUCCACGUUCUGGGCUACCGACAUUCGAGGAGACUUGGUAUCCAUUUCAGGCUCACAUCAGUUUGUUGGACCAUUCUUCGAGGACCUGCAGCAGGUCGCCGGACCCGAAAACUUCCACCACCGACCAGGUUCGAUUGCUGACGCCUUACAAGACUACUGCGACUCCGGAGUUUCAAAAGAAGACUUCCUCCGUCAAACCAAGGAACGACAAUGCAUGCGACUCAACCUUGUGAAGGCCCUCGACGUAUUUAUGGAAGAUAUACGCAUUGACAAGGAGUCAGGACUGCUUUUCUGGGAUGAUAUGGAGGGUGAGGUCAUACUAGCAGCCGAGAAGGGUGCUAUCCCUUGGGUGGUCGAGCGUGAAACGGGAAUUCCCCAGCUCUUACACAAGUCUUGUCCUGCUCCAUCCGCAGCCCGAAACCCCCGCCUUCGAGCAUAA